AUGUAAUGGCAGAGCUCGCACGGAGGACGGAUCAGUGCAGGACGUUUGUCUAAAAAUCACUGCGGGUCACGCGGUAGACACGUCACGGAAUGGAUUUUCCCAACUGUACUGAAGGGGUGUAUGCUACAAGCAGCGGUGAGUAUGAUGCACUGGAGACCACCAGACUGCCUCCCAGGAAGAUCAUCCUUUCAGUGACACUCUCCGUGCUGGCCAUUUUGACCACGUUCCUCAACUGCUUGGUGAUCACAGCUAUCGCCGUCACCCGCAAGUUACAUCACCCUGCCAACUACCUCAUCUGCUCACUGGCGGUGACUGACCUGCUGGUGGCCGUUCUGGUCAUGCCUGUUAGUAUCAUAUACAUUCAGAAAGAAACGUGGGUCAUGGGUGAGGUGGUGUGCACCAUCUGGCUGAGUGUGGACAUCACGUGCUGCACGUGCUCCAUCCUUCACCUGGCUGCCAUCGCCAUAGACCGCUACAGGGCCAUCACAGAUGCCGUGGAGUACUCGCGCAAACGCACGGGGGCCCGGGCAGGAGCCAUGGUGGCCGUCGUGUGGCUUUUGUCCAUCCUUAUUUCGCUUCCUCCUCUUUUAUGGCGGUACUACACAGGGGACGCAGAUCAGGAAGAUCAAUGCAUCAUCCUCCACCAUCACAUCGCCUUCACCCUGUACUCCACCCUCGGGGCGUUUUACAUCCCCCUUUUGCUCAUCCUCAUCCUCUACUUUAAAAUCUACCGAGCUGCUCAGACCCUUUACAUGCGACGGGAGGCCAGCAGGGCGAGCCGUCACUCGUGCAUGACCAACGGGAGCAUGAUCCCUUCCACCUACACUGCUGGAGACGUCGGUGACGGGGGACCUCGGAGUCCAGACCCCGUCAGCCCGCAAGAUAAAUCGUUCUCCGACCCCUCGACGGAGGAGCCGCCUCGCGAACGGGUGCGUAUUUCCAUCAAAAAGUUCCACUGCAAGGGCCGUCGGCAUGACUCACGCAGUGAGUCACGGAGGAGCCAGCUCUCCCAAGGACCACGCAUCUCAGGCUCGCGGGAACGCAAGGCUGCAUCCACACUGGGCUUGAUUAUCGGAGCGUUUGUCAUUUGCUGGUUGCCCUUUUUUGUCAAGGAGGUGAUCGUGAACACAUGCAGCUCUUGCAGCACGUCAAUGGAGAUGGCUGACUUUCUGACGUGGCUGGGAUAUAUCAACUCCCUCAUCAAUCCCCUCAUCUACACCAUCUUUAAUGAGGAUUUCAAAAAGGCUUUCCAAAGACUGGUUAGGUGCAGUAGUUACCUCUGA